UAAAAGCCUGCGCAGCACACGAUGCAGCAGUCAGACACAUAUCAGCAACAGUAUAUUUAGUUUUCAUUUCUUUUUGGAUUUCGCAAAAUGCAAGUGCAUGGAAUAUUGUGUUUAUUAUUAUCAAUUUGCUUAAAAGUGGUAUUUUGCGUUUACUGUGACAAGCAAUCUCUUUCUUUCUCUGGCCUCAGAAAAACAGGAACUCGACUUUAUCUCUCCGGAGAAGGAUUUUUACCAUCCUGUGACAAAGGUUAUCAGUUGGCGAGACCUGGCGAAAAAAUCGUGUGCCGCAAUGGAAUUUGGACCGGGUAUUUUCCUCCGUGUGUUGUCGUUAGUUGCCAAACAUCUCCACCGUCUAUACCUAAUGGCCGAAUAAAAUCCUAUACUGGAUUGCAUGGCUCCAUCCCAAAUUACGAGUGCAACGAAUUCUACUUUUUAGCUUUAGAAUCAACUAUUCAGUGUGCUUUUGGAGAAUGGAAAGGGACUCUUCCUAUUUGCAAAGAUACAAGAUGCUAUGUCCAAAAUCUGAAACAUAAAAAUGGUGUUCUGGAGGACAGAAGGGCAACCAUCAGUGGGAAUUUUUUGAACGUUCGUUGUUCUGAAGGUUUUAUUCCUAAUGGAAUGAAACCAACAUGUUCAAGAGGCGAAUGGAUAGAGCAAGAAGCGUCUCCCUGCAAAGAAAGGGAUUGUUCAAUUCAUGGAGUCAACAACGGAACUUUGAAAGAAAUGAAAGAACACAAAGUUUGGAAGUUUGGUAAAUUUCGUAGCGAACGAAAACUGAUUUUAGUAGAGAUUACAAAAGGUGGAGUUAGACCAGCUGGACAUCAUUUAUAUCUUACCUGCGAACAAAAGCAUGCAACUUCAGGAUCGAAAAUUGUUAAUGUAACAACAACUUGCAAACAGGGUAAAUGGCAACCUGAGCCUAUUUGUUUGUCCAGAAAGAAAUAAGUGAAUGGAAAGGAAAUAUUUUAUUCGGUGUUUUGACAUCAUAAUAAUUGAGAAGAAAACCAAUACUACUGAAUGCCAAGGCUUUCAAAGAACUUAUUCAUUAAAAAUCUCUGUAUAUAAAUUUAUCUUUUUGACUUGUAAAGUUAUUUUAAUAAAUAAAUCUUAUUUAACUA